AACGGCGGCAUCAUCCUCGCCAUUGUCGGCAAAGACUUCACCGUCAUUGCAGGAGACACUCACCAGAGCGAGGGGUACAGCAUCCAGACGCGCUGUGCACCGAACGUCUUCAGACUGUACAAAAUCUAUCGAGCUGUCCUCGCCGUGAAUGGCUUUGCAGCAGAUUGGAACACGUUCGUGAAUCAGGUCAAACAAAGGCUUGAGUGGUACCGCCAUGCCCAUGCGAAAGACAUGUCCCUCCGUGCCUCCGCUCGUCUCAUUCAGACCAUGCUCUAUGCUCGCCGUUUCUUCCCCUACUAUGUUUACAAUAUUCUCGGAGGCAUCAAAGAGGACGGCUCAUAUAAAUGUGCUGUGCAGUCCCUGGUUCAGCCAUUCCUAGACAACCAGGUGUAUGUACCUUCCUGGGAUAUACACAUGACGCAUCCCGCACAUCUUCCGCUUGCCAUGGUGAUCGACUCAUUCACGAGUGCGACAGAGCGACAUGUCGAGAUCGGUGACGGCCUCGAGAUGUACAUCGUCCUCGCCAAGGGCCGCAGUGCACAAGAGCUCGCAAGCAUUAGUGGCCUCGCAGAAAUCACAACAAAGGCAGAGGGUGACCGGAUGUUCGUUAUCAAACAGGAGUUGAAGGACUAGUCAGCAUGUGUAUUGUAGACCAUCAUCCAAAUAUGCUGUAUAAUUUCGCUGACUGAAUGGUGGUCAAUUUUGUUCGUUUCGCACUCAUCUCUGAUUCGUUGCAUGCAUGAUUCACGAUUCAUAGAAUAACCGAGCUCGUCACUGCAGGC